AUGAUGCCCAUACAAUUGCUUCUGUUCGCAAUGGUCCACGAGUUAGACUAAAUGAUUUUCCCACCGAGUCCGAGAUUCCGUGUGCGACGCUUUGCGGUGUUUUACGGUAAUAUCUGCGCUCUUUAGGUCGAUCCCUUUCAGCAGCAUCGGAGCGGUUGGAGCGCUUGGGAAUUCGAGUAGUCAGCGGCCACAGCAAUGGCUGAGCGCCGCGCCUUCGCCCAAAAAAUAAGCAGGACCGUAGCUGCUGAGGUGAGAAAGCAGAUUGCUGGUCAGUAUGGAGGGUCUCCUCAGCUCCUCAAACACCUCAGCGUGGGUGGGAAUGCAGCAAGCAAUUCAGUCCCUUUGACUGAGGCCGUGGAGCCAGUGGACUUUGAGGAGUAUUUGAUUACUCACCCGCCCAUCAUGGAGUCAGGACCUCUGAGAGAUCUGAUUGAGUUCCCUCCAGAUGACAUUGAAGUUCUUUACAUGCCCAGGGAGUGUCGCACUUUGGGCCAGGCAGUUACAGAGGAAGGGGACAAUGAUGCUCAUGUCCGAGAUUGUAUCAGGUCCUACACUGAGGACUGGGCUGUGGUCAACCGCAAGUACCACAAGCUAGGUACAGGCUUCAACCCCAACACCCUGGACAGGCAAAAGGAGAGACAGAGAGGUUUACCCAAGCAGGUCUUUGAGUCAGACGAGCUGCCAGAUUCCAGCAGCUAUCAGGAUGAUCAGGACGAGCUGAAGCGCAGGUCCAUGUCCAUCGAUGACACUCCGCGGGGUAGCUGGGCAUGCAGCAUAUUUGACCUGAAGAACUCGCAGCCUGAUGCCCUGCUGCCUCACCUGCUCGACCGAGCACCCAACGAGGAGAUCGACCGACACAAUGAGGAGCAUCGCAAAGCCAGCCGACACCGCGAGGUCUUCGCUCUGCACCCUGCUCUGGAGGAGGAAGAACCAAUCGAGCGGCACUGUGUGCCUGAUGUCCCAAAGGAACACUUUGGACAGCGGCUACUCGUCAAAUGCUUGUCCCUGAAGUUUGAGAUUGAAAUUGAGCCAAUAUUCGCAAGUUUGGCCUUAUACGAUGUCAAGGAAAAGAAAAAGAUAUCGGAGAACUUCUUCUUUGACCUGAACUCCGAGCAAACCAAGGCUAUGUUGCGCCCUCACACCCAGUCUGCCGCUAUCUCUACACUAGCUCGCUCUGCCAUCUUCUCCAUCACUUACCCUUCCCAAGAUGUCUUUCUGGUCAUCAGGCUUGAAAAGGUGCUACAGCAGGGGGACAUUGGAGAAUGCGCAGAGCCCUACAUGGUCUUCAAAGAGUCAGAUGCUGCUAAAAAUAAGGAGAAGCUGGAGAAGCUUCGUGCUCAGUCGGAGCAGUUCUGCCAGCGUCUCGGCCGCUACCGCAUGCCCUUUGCCUGGACCGCCAUCCACCUGAUGAACAUUGUGAACAGUGCAGGCAGCCUGGAGAGAGACACAGACUUGGAGCUAGGUCUGCCCGAACGGAAGGGUUCGUGGUCAGAGCGGAGAAACUCGAGCAUUGUGGGUCGUCGCUCCUUGGAAAGGACCACCAGUGGAGACGAGUACUGCAAUCUUACCAGUUUCAGGCCUGCAACUCUCACAGUCACUAAUUUCUUCAAGCAGGAGGGAGAUCGGCUAAGUGAUGAAGAUUUGUACAAGUUCUUAGCUGACAUGAGACGCCCUUCCUCUGUGUUACGAAGACUUAGACCUAUCACGGCUCAACUGAAGAUUGACAUAUCUCCUGCACCUGAGAACCCCCACUACUGUCUGACCCCAGAGCUCCUUCAGGUUAAACCUUACCCAGACAGUCGAGUGCGGCCAACCAGGGAGAUUCUGGAGUUCCCAGCCAAGGACAUCUAUGUGCCCAAUACCACGUACAGGAACCUGCUCUAUGUGAACCCGCAGAGCCUGAACUUUGCCAACCGCCAAGGCUCUGCCCGCAACAUCACUGUGAAAGUGCAGUUUAUGAACGGGGAGGACCCCAGCAAUGCCAUGCCUGUGAUCUUUGGCAAAUCCAGCUGUGCAGAGUUUUCAAAAGAGGCAUACACGUCUGUGGUCUAUCACAACCGAUCCCCAGAUUUUCAUGAUGAGAUCAAGAUUAAGCUUCCACCUUCUCUGACGGACCAUCACCACCUCCUCUUAACCUUCUACCACAUCAGCUGCCAGCAAAAGCAAAACACUCCUCUGGAGACGCCGGUCGGCUACACGUGGAUCCCGAUGUUGCAGAAUGGCCGUCUAAGAACAGGCCACUUCUGCUUGCCGGUGUCUCUGGAAAAACCACCUCAGUCUUACUCCGUUCUCUCUCCAGACGUUCCUCUUCCUGGUAUGAAGUGGGUGGAUAACCACAGAGGAGUGUUCAACGUGGAAGUUGUAGCCGUGUCCACCAUCCACACUCAGGACCAGUAUCUGGACAAGUUCUUUGCGCUGGUGCAUGCUCUGGAUGAGCACAUGUUCCCGGUGAGGAUCGGAGACAUGCGCAUCAUGGAGAACAACCUGGAGGCGGAGCUGAAGGGCAGCAUUGCGGCGCUGAGCUCCUCCCAGCUGGAGCCUGUGGUGCGCUUCCUCCACCUGCUCCUGGACAAGUUGGUCCUGCUGGCAGUGCGGCCACCUGUGAUCGCGGGGCAGAUUGUAAACCUUGGUCAGGCCUCCUUUGAGGCGAUGGCGUCCAUAGUGAACCGUUUGCAUAAGUAUCUGGACACCAGUCAAGACAUGCAUGGCCGCAACAGCCUCCUCUCCUCGUACAUCUACUACAUCUUCCGUCUACCAAACAUGGAUCCCAACUCUCCUUCCCCGGGCCCCGGAGGCUUGGGGGGUUCGGUGCAUUAUGCCACCAUGGCCCGAUCUGCUGUCAGACCUGCCAGCCUCAACCUCAACCGCUCUCGUAGCCUUAGCAACAGUAACCCUGAUAUCUCGGGCACGCCUACGUCUCCGGACGACGAAGUACGCUCCAUCAUCGGCAGUAAGGGCUUAGAUCGCUCCAACUCCUGGGUGCACACCAUGGGUUGCAAGAGUGGCCCCUGGGGGUCCAGCCCUGGCUCAGCAUCUCAUACUGUGCAGGCCAUGGAGCGCAGUGGUAAUCGCAUGUCAUCGCACACUGAGAGCACCAGUUUCUUGCAAACUUUAACAGGACGCUUGCCGACCAAAAAGCUCUUCCAUGAGGAGCUGGCGCUGCAGUGGGUCGUGAGCAGCGGCAUUGUGAGGGAGGGAGCCCUGCAGCAGGCCUGGUUCUUCUUUGAACUGAUGGUAAAAAGCAUAAUCCACCAUUUGUACUUCACUGACCGUCUGGAGUCCCCCAGGAAGAACCGCUUCCCUGAGCGCUUCAUGGAUGACAUCACUGCUCUUGUUAGUACCAUUGCAGGCGAUAUCGUCUCCCGCUUCCAGAAGGAUCUGGAGCUGGUGGAGCGGCUCAACACGAGUUUGGCCUUCUUCCUUAAUGACCUGCUGUCUGUCAUGGACAGGGGCUUUGUCUUCACCCUCAUCAAAGCGUACUGGAAACAGGUGUCCACCAAGUUGUACGCCUUGCAGAACCCCACGCUGGAGUCCCUGAGACUGGACUUCCUGAGGAUCGUGUGUAGCCAUGAACACUAUGUUACCCUGAACCUGCCCUGCAGCCUGCUCACGCCCCCGGCCUCUCCAUCCCCCUCGGUGUCUUCUGCCACCUCGCAGAGCUCUGGUUUCUCCACCCAUGUGCAGGACCAGAAGAUUGCUAACAUGUUUGAGCUAUCAGUACCCUUUAGAGAACAGCAUUACCUUGCUGGUAUGGUUCUGACUGAGCUCGCCGUGAUCCUGGACCCAGAAGCUGAUGGGUCAGUACACUGGAUGUUUGGCCUACAUAAAAAGGUGAUCAGUGUUGUCCACAACCUGCUGUCCAGUCAUGAUUCUGACCCCCGAUAUGCCGACCCUGAAGUCAAAGCCAGGGUGGCCAUGCUCUACCUGCCGCUCAUAGGCAUCGUCAUGGAAACCCUGCCCCAGCUCCAUGACUUCACGGAAUCCCAUAACCAGUGGGGCCGCCCUGGUGGCUCAGCGACAGAUGAGCAGGAAACGGAGGGCAACAGCAUGAUCAGUCAGACCGUAGCCAUGGCAAUAGCAGGCACUUCAGUACCACAGAUGUCACGGCCGAGCAGUUUCCUGUUGAACCCACAGGCCACCCGUCAGCAUGGAACUUUCUCUCCUGAGUCCAGUCGCAGUUUGCUCAUCUGUCUGCUGUGGGUGUUGAAGAACGCAGAUGAACUGGUGCUGCAGAAGUGGUUCACUGACCUCUCUGUGUCCCAGCUGAACCGUCUGCUGGACAUGCUCUACCUCUGUGUAUCCUGCUUUGAGUACAAGACCCAUUUUUUGUUCAUGCAGGGGAAAAAGGCAUUUGAGCGCAUGAACAGUCUAACCUUUAAGAAGUCUAAAGACAUGAAAGCCAAGCUGGAGGAGGCCAUUCUGGGCAGCAUCGGAGCAAGGCAGGAGAUGGUACGACGCAGCCGAGGACAACUUGAGCGCAGCCCCUCAGGAAGCGCCUUUGGCAGCCAGGAGAACCUGCGCUGGAGGAAAGACAUGACUCACUGGCGUCAGAACAGUGAAAAGAUGGACAAGGGCCACAGAUCUGUCAGGUUUAAGGAAACCGUACUGUGCAAUAGGAGAAGCCAGGAUCCCUUAGUAGUUAGAACCAGGGCUGAGCUCGAGCAUGAGGCACUUAUAGAUGGCAAUCUGGCAACCGAGGCCAACCUCGUCAUCUUGGACACUCUGGAAAUCAUAGUGCAGACCGUGUCUGUGACCGAGUCAAAGGAGAGCAUUCUGGGAGGAGUCCUCAAAGUCCUGCUUCAUAGUAUGGCGUGCAACCAGAGCGCCCUCUAUCUGCAGCACUGCUUUGCCACGCAGAGAGCUCUCGUCUCAAAGUUCCCCGAGCUGCUGUUCGAAGAGGAGACGGAGCAGUGUGCUGACCUGUGCCUCCGUCUGCUCCGCAACUGUAGCAGCUGCAUCAGCACCAUCCGCUCUCAUGCCGGCGCCUCCCUUUACCUGCUCAUGCGGCAGAACUUUGAGAUCGGGAACAAUUUUGCCCGAGUGAAAAUGCAGGUGACUAUGUCCCUGUCGUCUUUGGUGGGCACAUCCCAGAACUUCAACGAGGAGUUCCUGCGACGUUCACUCAAAACCAUCCUGACCUACGCUGAGGAGGACCUAGAGCUCCGAGAGACCACCUUUCCUGACCAGGUGCAAGACCUGGUUUUUAACCUACAUAUGAUUUUAUCAGACACAGUAAAAAUGAAGGAACAUCAAGAGGAUCCAGAGAUGCUUAUUGACUUAAUGUAUAGAAUUGCUAAGGGCUAUCAGACGUCUCCUGACCUGCGUCUGACGUGGCUGCAGAACAUGGCAGGGAAGCACUCUGAAAGGAAUAACCACGCAGAGGCGGCCCAGUGCCUGGUCCAUAGCGCCGCCCUGGUGGCAGAGUACCUCAGUAUGCUGGAGGACCGCAAAUACCUGCCUGUGGGCUGUGUCACGUUCCAGAACAUUUCAUCCAACGUGCUGGAGGAGUCCGCCGUGUCUGAUGACGUGGUCUCGCCAGAUGAGGAGGGCAUCUGCUCAGGGAAGUACUUCACCGAGGCUGGCCUGGUGGGGCUGCUUGAACAAGCUGCAGCUUCUUUCUCCAUGGCUGGCAUGUAUGAAGCGGUGAACGAAGUCUACAAAGUGCUCAUCCCCAUUCACGAAGCCAACAGGGACGCUAAGAAGCUGGCCACCAUUCAUGGUAAACUGCAAGAAGCCUUUGGCAAAAUCGUGCACCAGAGCACUGGCUGGGAGCGGAUGUUUGGUACUUACUUCAGAGUUGGGUUUUAUGGUUCUAAAUUUGGUGACCUGGAUGAGCAAGAGUUUGUGUACAAAGAGCCAGCCAUCACCAAGCUGGCUGAAAUCUCGCAUCGGCUUGAGGGUUUCUAUGGUGAGAGAUUUGGGGAAGAUCAAGUUGAAGUCAUAAAGGAUUCCAAUCCAGUGGACAAAUGUAAACUGGAUCCAAAUAAGGCUUUCAUUCAAAUCACUUACGUGGAACCCUACUUUGACACGUACGAGAUGAAAGAUCGCAUCACGUACUUUGACAAGAACUACAACCUGCGGCGCUUUGUUUACUGCACGCCAUUCACGCUGGACGGCCGGGCACACGGUGACCUGCACGAGCAAUACAAGCGCAAGACCAUCCUCACCACCAGCCAUGCCUUCCCAUACAUCAAGACCCGCAUUAACAUCAUACACAAGGAGGAGAUCAUCUCCAUGCCCAUUGAGGUGGCCAUUGAGGACAUGCAAAAGAAAACCCAGGAGCUGGCCUUUGCUACGCACCAGGACCCGGCAGACGCCAAGAUGCUCCAGAUGGUGCUGCAGGGCUCUGUGGGCACCACUGUCAACCAGGGUCCACUUGAGGUUGCCCAGGUGUUCCUGUCUGAGAUUCCAAGUGAUCCUAAACUCUAUAGGCACCAUAAUAAACUGAGGCUUUGCUUUAAAGACUUUACCAAGAGAUGUGAAGAUGCCCUUCGCAAAAAUAAGAGUUUGAUAGGUCCCGAUCAAAAGGAGUACCAGAGGGAGCUGGAGCGGAAUUACCACAGGUUGAAGGAAGCUCUUCAGCCUCUUAUUAACCGGAAGAUUCCCCAACUCUACAAACCUGUGCUCCAGGUCAACUCUCAUAGGGACUCCUUCAGCAGAAUGAGCCUUCGGAAAUUUGAAAUGUGAAGAAGAGGAAAUUCUAAAGAGACCCUGAUUUUUAUUUAUUUGUUUGUAAAUAUUCAAUGAUCAUUAAAAAAAAAAAAAAAUCAGUGUUUCCCACAAAGUGAAAAAGCUAAAGUGUUGAGAUGGAAUGUCAUUCCAAUUUUGUAUGCAUUUACAAAAAGGGCCUGUUCGUCAUUCAGAUUGAAAGCAUAUGUGUCAAAACUGUAUUCAAUAUCCUGUGUGCACUUUUUUUUUUUUUUUUUUUGUCCUAAUGCAUUUUACAACACAUGGUACAACUUUGAAAGUUUACUAUUUAAUCCGAAUGAAAAACAUGCAAAAAAAGGUACCACUAUCUUUUUUGGUUACACUUCUUAUUGAAAUGUUUUAAACAUUCUUGAAUUUUUAUGUAGCUUUUGUUUACCUUUAAGUAUUUUAUUAAAUAAAUAUUUUAAUGCAA